GGCGGGUCUGUGGGCAGGCGCGGGGCGGGCCGUAGCGGCAGCAGCAUGGCGCAGGACGGUGGGGACGGCGGCGUGGGCCCGCGGUACCGGGGCGGUUUGCACCCCGACACCUGGGAGCAGGAGCUGGAGGCCAUCCCCAUGUUCAUGAAGCAGUGCCCGGCCGAGAUCGACGCGGCGCGGCAGCCGGACCUGGCGUGUCUGCAGUCCCUCCUGUUCGACGAGGAGCAGGGCCCCGCAGAGCUGGCCAGGAUGUACAGGAACGAGGGGAACGAGUACUUCAGGGAGAAGGAGUACCAGAAAGCUGUCGUUGCCUACACAGAGGGGCUGAAGAAGAAGUGCGAGGACCCGGAGAUGAACGCGGUGCUGCACACGAACAGAGGGGCUGCACAGUUCUACCUGGGUAACUACCGUUCUGCUCUCAAUGAUGCCAUCCAAGCAACAAAACUAAAGCCCACCCACCUCAAAGCAAUCAUAAGAGGAGCCCUCUGUCACAUGGAACUGAAGAAUUUCUCUGAAGCUAUAGCAUGGUGUGAGAAGGGCUUGCAAAUAGAUUCAAAAGAGAAAAAGCUUCUGGAAGUGAGAGCUAAAGCUGACAAAUUAAAGCGAACUCAGGAGCGGGAUGCAAGGAAAGCGAAGGUGAUGGAGAAGAAAGAACAGCGUGAAAAGGAAAUUUUGCUUGCAGCCAUAAAGGAAAGAAAUAUCAAGCUGGCUCUUGAGCCUUCAAAUGAAGAAGAGGAAAUAUCAGAUGGCCUGGCUGAGAUAUCCUUAGACGGGUUCCAAUCUGGCAACACCACAGGGGCAAAGGUGCACUUAGAUGCUGAUGGCAACUUGAACUGGCCUGUCCUCUUUCUGUACCCUGAGCACGAGCAAACAGACUUCACUGUGGCUUUCCAUGAGAACUCCAGGUUUAUUGAUCAUUUAAUGGUGAUGUUUGCCGAGUUACCUCCUUGGGAUGUAGAAAGAAAAUACCUUCCCAGCAAUCUCCAGCUCUAUUUUGAAGAUGAAGAAAGAGAGGAAAUGUACGAGCUGAACCCAGAGCACACAUUGCUACAAGUACUGCAGCACAAGAGGUACUUUGUAAAAGCUGGAACUCCGACAGUCUUGGUGUUUGUAAAGGGUUCUCCUUACUCCAACAAGUACUUCUCUGGCAAGAAGGUGCAUCGACUAUAGUGAGCAAGAGUGAAACAAGAAAUCCUGUGCAGGAGGCUGCUCUUUGUUAUCCCAGACUGCAAACUCCUGCUUGAACCAAACUGCCUUGCACAACUGAGGGGAGAAAUAAUCUUGGCACACGGGGGGAGCUUCCAGGAAAGCAGCCCAGGAGAGUGAAGGGUUUACAAGAGGGGAUGAGUUGUUUAAACCAGCAUCCAGCUGGCUUGCAGAAGGGCUCCUCUGUGAUGGGCUGCGUGUGGCUUUGAAACAAACCCGAAGCAGUGCCAAACACCGGCUCCAACUGAAACAGCAGCUGGGAAUGCACUUCCUUACCUGUGGAAAGUCAUGGAUUGCCUUGGAGGUGGGCUGUAGUUGCUGGGGUUUAACAGCAGUGAGCUAUGGAGAUUCCUGCCUCUUGCAGCAGGGUGGAUGUACUCAUUCCUGCCUGGGAUUAAGCAGCUGCUGUUUCACUGCCUGGCUCUGCUGCUGGCCAGGGUGAAGCAGAGCUCUUUGUUCCGAGCAGUGUGUGUUUUCCUGAUCCUUCUGCUACCUUACCCCUUGUCCUGCACAACCUGGAAAUAAACAUGUCUAUUUUCAAGUA